AUGGCCGACAAAUGCAGCGAAAAUUCGGAGACGACGACGGCGGCGGCGGCGCCUGCUCCGAGCGUUGAGGAAGCUCCUGCGCCGGAGCCUACAUCGGCUACCGCGAAGGAGCAUGGAUUGAGCGGCAAGGACGAGCCCAAGCCCGACAGCGAGGCGGCCGCAGAAGGCGCAAAAUCUUCUGAUGACGCAGAACCGGAAACGGCAAAGAAGGACAAGGCCGAAGCCUCCACCGCCGAGGAGAAGCCCGUGGUAGCCGAGGCCGAUGUCGAGAUGAAAGACGGUACGGACGACGCGGCGGCUCCGGCUGCCACGGAGACACCCGCCUCCAAAGCCAAGGCCAAUCGCCGCAAGUCCACUGGCGAGGCCAAGGGAAAGAGCCUCAGCAAGAAGGCAUCCAAGGCGCGCCUCACCCACAUCGAUGCCCAACCAGGCGACCAUUUUCUGGUCAAGCUUAAGGGCUUCCCUGCCUGGCCGGCCAUCGUCUGCGACGAGAGCAUGCUUCCCGCCGCCCUCAUCAGCUCUCGCCCCGUGUCGGCCGCUCAGGAAGACGGCACAUUCGCCGGUGCCUAUGCUGAUGGCGGCAAGCGGGUGCACGACAGGAGCUUUCCCGUCAUGUAUCUCCACACGAACGAGUUUGGUUGGGUUCAGAACAUGGCUCUCUCCGAGCUCACGGCGGAGAAGGCGCGAGACACAAUCACGGAGAAGAUGCGCAAGGAUCUGAAGGCCGCCUUUGAGCUCGCCGCCGAGUGCAACCCCAUCGACGAGUACAAGGAGAUGCUCAAGAAGUUCCAGGAAGAGCAGCUUGCUCAAGAGCAGGCCAUGCGCGAGGCGGCGGCGACGCCCAGGAAGUCCAAGAAGGGAAAGGGCAAAGCCGCAGAGGAGGAGGAUGAGGACAUGGAUGAUGUGGAAGCCGCACCCAAGUCGGCCAAGUCGAAGAAGCGAAAGGCCGAAGAUGAAGCAAGCACUCCCCAGCGAACCGAUUCGGCCAAGAAGCCGAAAAUCAAGCUCAACACGUCCUCCACGCCCAAGGCUGUUAACGGCGCCGCCACUCCAAAGUCUACGGGCUCAAAGGCUGCCAAGGCUACCAAGGGUAAGCCGAAGAAGACGAAGGAAGUCGCCGACAAGAAGGAGAACGCCAAGGAGUCAAAGAUGACGCCCGAGGAGCGGCAUGCUCGCAAGGAGGUUCGUCACGCACCUACCCGUCACGGCCGCAAGAGCCACAUGCUGAUUCUGUUGCAGAAAGAGGUUCUCUACCUUCGUCACAAGCUCCAGCGAGGACUCUUGACCCGCGAGCAGCAGCCUCGAGAGGACGAGAUGAAGGCCAUGUCCGACUUCAUCACCAUGCUCGAGGGUUUCGUUGACCUCGAGGUCUCCAUUAUUCGAUCUACCAAGAUCAACAAGGUGCUCAAGGCAAUUCUCAAGCUCGAGGCCAUCCCCCGCGAGGAGGAGUUUCAGUUCAAGAAGAGGUCGCAAUCCCUUCUGGACAAGUGGAACAAGCUCCUCGCCAGCGAUGGAUCCGCUCCCGCAUCGGCUUCGACUAACGGCGUUAAUGGUGCCGGCGAAGAGAAGAAGACGGCGUCCAAUGAUGUGAAAGCAGACGAAGCCGCGGCGGUCGAAAGGGCCGAUGCCGAAAUCGCCACCGACACCAAGUCGGUCGAUGAGGAAGCUGAGACUGGUGGGGCUGACAAGCCGACGGGCGAAGAGGCUACGGACAAGACCCCAGCUGCCGAUGCUGUUGAGGCAGCGUAA